AUGAAAGCUCUUUUUGGUGUGUUAUAUAUAAUUGGUGCUUUGAAAAAUGGUCACAGAAGUACAAAAGAUAUGUGGAAAUCGGACAGCUGUAAUAUUGACAUACUCAAGUGUGCUAUGUCUGAAAAACGUUUCUUGUUUUUAUUGCGUUGUAUCAGAUUCGACGACAUACGUGGACGAGAAGAACGGAAAAAAUUAGAUAAAAUGACACAUAUAAGAAAAGUAUUUGAUGAUUUUACUAUGAACUGUAAGAAAUCGUACGCAUUAUCUGAAUAUGUCACUUUAGAUGAAAAGUUGCAAUCAUUCGGGGGUCGUUGCCCCUUUAGGCAAUAUAUGCCGAAUAAACCGGCCAAAUACGGCAUAAAAAUAUUUGCGCUAUGCGAUAGUGUGAACUGUUAUACGUCCAAUUUAGAAGUAUACGUAAGAACACAACCUGCCGGUCCGUACUCAGUAAAUAAUUCUGCGGCGAGUAUUACUAAACGUAUGGUAAAUAUAAUUUACAAUUCUGGUCGAAAUGUCACUAUGGACAACUGGUUUACAAGCAUUCCCUUGGCAGACGAUUUACUGAAAAAAAAAGUGACUAUAAUUGGCACAAUUCGAAAAAAACAAGAGAGAAUAUCAUAUAAGGCCAAUAAAAAUAAAAUUGUGAUAUUGAUUUCUACAAUGCACCAUGACAAACAAAUAGCUCAAGUGAAUAAAGAAAAACUAAAACCAGAAAUAAUUAUGGACUAUAAUAGAACCAAAAGUGGAGUUGAUACAAUGGACUAUAUGACAGAAAACUACACCGUUGCCAGGACAAGUGCACGUUGGCCAUUGACAAUUUUUUAUGCGUUGAUGAAUAUUGGUGGAAUAAAUUAG